AUGAACUUAGCUGAAGUUAUUCAUGCCAGUUGGGUUAAACGAGACAAAGGAAACACGUCAUUAUUAAAUGCGGUGUAUGCUGAUGCCCAUGAUAAUGUUCAGUUAGAAUUUGAGUACAAAGCUUUUCGAGCCAGAGAUUCACGAGGUGGAAUGGGUUCUUUAUUACAAGACAAAGCCCUUCAAAAAAGCUCACAUGAGUUGUGGCGGGCUUGUGUUCUUGGGCAGGAGUUCAUGUGAAAAGUUCAUGUGAAAGAAUGACGACAAAUAGGGCAGGCCGCUACAGAUCAUCAAGAAGUAAGGCAUUUCUCGAUCGCCCCGAAAAAGCGAACAAAGAAGGAAAUUUGAUAAAAGUGAUGUCUAUGAAUUUCAAUACAGAAGAGACGGGCCAGACUUAACAUGUGCCUUGGCUACUUCUAGGUACACAGAUUACCAUGUUCAUAUUGGUAGUCAGCAUUCAUACAACUGCCAAGGUUAUGUUAAAUAUUGUGGGAAACAAGCAUGCAAACACAUGAUAUGGACAUUGCUGUUUGUAUGUGGUAUCCAGGAAGAUAGUGAAAUAUUGCAACAAGUAUCUUUGACCAUAGAGGAUAUUCGCCAGAUUACAGCCAACACCCCAAAUAACAUUCCUGAACCAUUAAAAGUUAUGGAAGAAACGAAAAAUUCUAUUCAUCAGAGGCAAAGCAGAAAGGUAAUAACAACCCACCUUUUAGCAAAUGAUUCUCGCAAGUGCAGCCUGCAAAUCUGGUAUCUUGAAUGA